AUGGAAAAACAUUGGAAAACAGUAGUAGGAAAAUCAAUAUGCGAUUAUUUUUUUGAAGCUCAAUCUAAGUGUGCCAAUUCAGAAGAUGUUCCACCUGUUAUUGCCACACCUCAUCAUUAUUUAAUAAAUAUAUUUCGCAAUAGUCUCUAUUUUGUUGCUGUACUCACCAACGAAAUUGCACCACUUUUUGUCAUUGAAUUUCUUCAUCGUAUAAUGGAUGUAUUUGAAGAUUAUUUUGGUGAAUGUACAGAAACAUCACUCAAAGAUAACUAUGUUAUUGUUUAUGAACUCUUGGAUGAAAUGCUUGAUUCUGGUUUACCAUUAGCAACAGAAACAAAUAUAUUAAAAGAACUUAUUAAACCACCAAAUAUAUUUCGUAAAGUUGCAAAUCUUGUUACCGGCGAUAACACAAACAUUAGUAAUACACUUCCAUCUAGUCAAUUAUCAAAUAUUCCAUGGCGUCGUAUGGGUGUUAAAUAUACAAAUAACGAAGCUUAUUUUGAUUUAAUUGAAGAAAUUGAUGCUAUUAUUGAUCGUAAUGGAACUACAAUUAUGUGUGAAAUUCAAGGAUAUGUAAGUGAAUAUAUAGUUAUGGUUAUUGUGCGACGUCAAACAAAAAGAAAGAAAAGAGUCUUUUUUUUUGUCUUAUUAAAUAUUAGUGUUGUAAUGGCACGUGAGGAUGCAAAAAAAAUAUCUGUUGGAAUGGAAACAGGUAUCACAUGGCGUCAAUUAGGAAUAAAACAUCGAACAACAAAUGAAGUUUUGUUGGAUAUUAUUGAAACACUUGAUGCCAUUGUUGAUCAACGAGGAAUGAUUAUCACUGCUGAAAUCAGUGGUGUGAUUGAUUGUUGUGUUAAAUUAAGUGGUAUGCCUGAUUUAACAUUAUCAUUUGUUAAUCCACGAUUAUUGGAUGAUGUUAGUUUUCAUCCAUGUGUAAGAUUAAAAAAAUGGGAGAGUGAACGUGUUCUUUCAUUUAUUCCACCUGAUGGAAAUUUUCGUUUAAUUUCAUAUCAUAUUGGUUCACAAAAUACAAUAUCCAUUCCAAUUUAUGUUAAACACAAUAUUCAAUUUCGUGAAGGUAGUAAUGGUCGAUUUGAAUUAACUGUUGGACCAAAACAAACAAUGGGCAAAACUCUUGAAUCUGUUGUUAUUGAAUGUGCAAUGCCAAAAAGUGUACUUAAUUGUACUUUAACACCUACACAAGGCAAAUCUACAUUUGAUCCUGUAAAGAAAAAUCUUGUUUGGGAUAUAGGUAAAAUUGAAAGUAAUACUCAAAAUACUACACGUUUACCAUCAUUACGUGGAAAUAUUGUUUUAUCAACUGGUCAACCAAUACCUGAAUCUAAUCCAAUAUUAAAUGUACGUUUUACAUUAAAUCAAAUAGCUAUAUCAGGUAUACGUGUACAACGUGUUGAUAUGCAUGGAGAAAAAUAUAAACCAUUUAAAGGUGUUAAAUAUAUAACAACAGUUAAAAAAGGUCGAUUUCAAAUUCGAACAUAA